AUGGCUUCCUCAUCUUCUGCUUCCUCCAUCAUUUCCAUCGAGUCUGAGUCCACUCGAGAGGCGACUCCAGAGUAUGAUCCCAUCGCCGCCUAUGAGGCUUGGUCAGGGGAUGAUGAAUCCCUGACCGACGGUGAAGAUCUCCAGCCCGUCCUCGUCGGGGAGCUGGAUGAAGAUGACGAGGACAACAUGUCCUGGGAGGGGGACUUCUCCUCCUCGAAGGAAGAAGUUGAUACCCCAUCAACAGAGGAGGACUCGGUGGCAGGAGGCUUCCUGCUUGGCGGGUCGUCGGAGGACGACGACGAUGAUGACGAUGAAGAGACCAAAGAUAGCAGCGACAGCGGUGGAGACAAUGGUGGCAGCAAUGACGACAGCAGCGACGACAACAGCGACAUCAGCGCGGCCCCUCCGAUCAAGCACCGCAAAGUCUUAGGCACCUACUUGUGGUAG